UUUGCAAUCUCCGAUCCGUCAUCGCAUGUUCAAUCAACAAACACAAAAGCACGUGAAGAGAAAAUAGAGUCCCUACUUCAACCCACAACGGGUGAAAUUGUGGCAUAUGCUCAGCAAUCAAGAUUUCAUACCGAGACCCUGGAAACGCUUAACAAAGAUAUUGAUCUGAAAGAUGUUAAUAUAACGAUUGGCAUCAAGGAACUACUUACAGACGCGCGAUUGCAAUUGAAAAGCGGUGUGCAUUAUGGAUUAAUUGGACGCAAUGGGGUUGGCAAAUCAACUCUUUUCCAAUGCCUUGCAACAGGUGCUAUUCCAGGAAUAUCAUCGUCUAUCCGCAUUCUACAUAUUGCCCAACUUUCGCCUACCUCCACAUCCCAAACUGUCCUCGAUGCCGUUCUCUCCUCUGACACCCUUCGCUCACAACUACUCUACGAAAAAAAUGUCCUUGAAUCUGCAAUGAAUUCUGAGAGAGACGACAAAGUGAAACAGGCUAUCGGAAAAAUCAGAGAAGAAAAGUUAGAAAGGGAGCUUGAUGAAAAACAAAAGAUUGCGAAUCGUAGAAGCGGUGCAAGAGGGCACGAGGCGAGGAGAGAAGUUUUGAGAGCAGAAGGGAAAGUUGGGAGUGCUAAGAGAGAUUUACAGUCAGAAAACGAAAGUACCAACAAUGACGUCUAUAAGGUAGCAACAGAGAUGUUGGAAGAAAUCUAUGAUAAACUCGAACAGAUCAAGGCAGAUUCUGCCGAAGCAAGGGCUCAAGAAAUUCUACAUGGACUUGGAUUUUCCCAUAAGCAGCAGAAUACUCCAAUGACUUCAUUGGUUUCAUUAUCCGGAGGAUGGCGUAUGAGAGUUGCGUUGGCGCAGGCCUUAUUCGUAAGACCUGAUGUGUUGUUGCUCGAUGAGCCAACCAACCAUCUUGACCUUCCCGCAAUUCUCUGGCUCCAAUCUUACCUCAAGACACUCAUCGAUACAACUCUUUUAAUUGUCUCUCACGAUCGUCGCUUCCUCAAUGCCACUGUAGAAGAGAUAAUUCGCUUUCGCGAUCAGAAAUUAACGUAUCAUGUGGGUAACUACGAUGAAUUUGAGGAAAACACAAAAAAUGAGAGGCUAAAAAAAGAACGAAUGUACGAAGCACAAGAGAAGCAGAAGAAACACAUUGAAGAAAGUAUACAGAAAGCGGAGAAGAAGGCCAAGGAGAGUGGAGACGAUAAAAAACUCGGGAUGGUUGCGAGUAGAAAGAAGAAACUCUCUCGAAUGGGAAUGAACAAAACCGAGUCUGGCUUCCGGUUUAAGCAGAACAAACACCGGAUUGGUAAAUUUAAUACAGCUCGCGAACAAAUAGUUAUCGAAAAACCCGAGACUAUUUCCAACUGGGAUAUCCCAAAGCCUAUACCCUUGAGACAUCACGGAUCAUUGAUACAGCUGGAGAAUGUUUCGUUUAGCUACCCAGAAAGAGAAGCCACAUUAAGAAACGUUACGUUAAGAGUGGAUAUGGGUGAUCGGUUGGGGUUCGUUGGGGCUAAUGGUGGUGGCAAAUCGACGCUUCUCAAUCUUAUCACUGGUACACUAACCCAAACCACUGGCACAAUAAACCGACACUCUCGCCUUAACAUCGGCUACUUUACUCAACAUCAUGUCGAAACACUGCCCUCAUCGAUCUCCGCCAUGUCCUAUAUCACGUCCAAAUACCCAUCUCUCACUCAAAGCGCCGCGAGAACGUAUCUUGGCAAAUUCAAUAUCACUGGCGAUCUCGCACUUCAACCAAUCUCGGCUCUUUCUGGCGGUCAAAAGUCCCGCAUUGCAUUUGCCACUCAGGUGUACGACGGACCGCAACUAUUAGUUUUAGAUGAGAUUGCUAAUCAUUUGGAUAUGCUUACCAUUGACAUGUUGGCUGCUGUGUUAAAUGACUAUGAGGGUGCAGUGAUUUUGGUGAGUCACGAUCGGUGGUUUAUGGAAAAGGUCGUGAAGAAGGUUUAUAUGGUUAAAGACAAAAUGGUAAAGUUGUUGGAAAAUGGCAUUAGCGAGUAUGUCAGUAUAGUAGCUAAAGAGGUUGGAGUUGAGGAAGAGAUUUUUGAAGAAUAG